UAACAAUAGUCUGUCAUUGUAUGUGAUAGGUGCUGUUUGGUCACAAAUUGUUUUAAUUUAGGAUUAUAACCGAAUAUUUUAACGUAAUUUUUAUUAAAUAUUAAAGUGCAAAAAAAUUGAACAACAUGUCUAAUGCUGAAACAUUAAUUACAUUGAUAGAUAUGGGGUUUUCAAAGGACAAAGCUGAGUACGCUAUUAAAGUCACAAAUAAUCAAAGCGUCGAGGCUGCAAUGGAAUGGCUGUUGGCGCAUGGUGACGAAGAGCUACCAAAGUCAACAAAUGUUCAAGAAGAACAACCGGGCACAAGUACAGGUGAGACAGCCAGUGCGCCUUCAACUAGUACACCAGCUCCAACUGCUAAGUCACUAAAAUGUGAUGACUGCGGUAAACUAUGUAAAGACCAAUCUGAACUUGAAUUUCAUGCUGCGAAAACUGGGCACAGCAAUUUCUCGGAGUCCACCGAAGAAAAGAAGCCAUUAACUCAAGAAGAGAAAGAUGCACAACUGGUAAUACUUGAGCAAAGACUUAAAGAAAAACGACGUGAGCGACAAGAUCGAGAGGUGGCAGAUGCAUUAGAACGAGAAAAAAAUCGCAUCAAAUCUGGUAAAGAAAUGGCUGAAGCGCGCAGACGCAUGGAAGAAAUGGAAAUGAAAAAAAUUGUUGAUCAACGUAAACGCGAUAAGGCUGAAGAAAAAGCCGCACGUGAUCGUGUGCGCGCACAAAUUGAAGCUGACAAAGCAGCGCGUAAAGCAAGAGACGAGAAACAACCUGAACUUCCUAAAGUUUCAUCAACCACCAAUGCUACAACUACUGCUAAAACUCCAACCAAAGAAUACAGUCAAACACGAAUACAGAUACGUUUGCAAGAUGGUUCUACACUUACCGAGACUUUUAAUGUUAAAGAGCAAUUGUCAGCGGUUCGUGUAUUUAUACAGAUGAAAACGAAUAUCGAAGAUGCUUUUGGUUUAAUGACUACAUUUCCCCGAAAAGUCUUCAACUCUGAGGAUUUUGAGAAGCCAUUAGAUGUAUUGGGUUUAGUGCCAUCGGCAGUACUUACCAUGACCAAAGCAAUCUAAUAUCAAAUCCGCAACAAA